AUGGCUUCCUCUAGUCAUGCCAAUGAUUCACUCACAGCUCACUAUGAAGGCCUCACCAUCCAGGACAGCGACGACAUCAACAUUCCCAUUAAUGUUGAAGACCUUCCUUCCCUCCUUGACGAUGACGCCUUCGCGUUGGUCGGCACUGUCUUCACGGAAAAGCAGGUCAAGUUCCCUUUCAUGAGAGACACCAUAGGCACGAUCUGGCGUCCACAACGCGGUAUGAUGGUUAAAGAGAUCCAAACCAACUUGUUUGUCUUCAUUUUCUUCCAUGAGAAAGAUAUGCUGAGGGUUUUGGAAGAUGGGCCUUGCUCUUAUGAACAAAACCUCCUCAUCCUGCAAAAGCUUGGCAACCAAGAAAAUCCCUUGGAUGUUGACCUCACCAAGGCUGAGUUUUGGGUCCAAAUACACAAAGUAACAAGGCAGCUUAUCAACAUCCAAACGGCAGAAAAGAUAGGCAACAGUCUGGGUGAGUUCGUGAAAGCCGAUAUCACCAACUUUGAUGGCACAUGGAACGCCUUCAUCAGGAUCCGGGUCUUGCUAGAUGUCACAAAGCCCCUAAAAAAAGGUCUCACCAUCACUUUGUCCACAGGAGAGGACUUGAGGUUGGAAUGCAAGUAUGAACGUUUGCCAACUUUCUGUUUCAGUUGUAGAAGAAUAGGCCACGGAGAACGCUAUUGCCCCAUGCAACUCGAGGAGAAUGAAUGCAUCAGAUCCUACGGCCCCGAACUCAGAGUAGGGGGAAGGCGCAUGCAAUCAUCUGGUAAUAAAUGGAUCCUAUCCGAACGCCCUGCAAAAACCCUAUCUCCGGCCGCCACUCCUACCAGCGACAAUCAGCAUGUUCAUCCUCAGGCGGGUUUCCCAAGGUACGAGGUUACCGUUGGUCAAAGCACUGUUCCUGAUUCGGCUUACACGCUGGGUAAUGACCAGAGCGCAGCACCCCAGGCUAUCUUUAAUGCGACUGCCACGCUCGAGGAAUCCUCAUUUAAUGCCCAUAUUGUGGCGGCUGAAACGCUCCCUCUUAGUCAACCAAGUACCUCUGUUCUGGGCCUACUCAUUCAAGAACAAAGAAGUAGAAGAAGAUCUCACGAGGAUUUUGGGCCUUUUCUUAAUGGGCCGGAACGGGCUUCUGCUAUGAACAAGUUAGAGCCCAUCAAGAGGCGGUUGGGCUUUGAAGGCCUGUUAGUUGUUGAGAAUGUGGGUCACAGUGGUGGAUUAGCAUGCUUAUGGAAACACAGUCAAAUGCUCAAAAUCAAAAGCUAUUCGCACAGACACAUCGACGCGAUCGUCUCCCACAAUGACAGUGAACUUUACUGGCGCCUUACUGGUUUUUACGGCGAGCCAGAUCGGAAUAGGCGGCACAUCGGUUGGAACUUGCUUAAGCACCUCUCAUCCCAAGACAACCUUCCAUGGGCUAUUAUUGGCGAUUUCAAUGACAUCCUGAAUCCAGAUGAGAAGAGUGGUGGACUACCUGGCUUUGGUGAGGCGGUGGAAUCAAGUGGACUCUCUGACUUCCCUUUCACUGGUCAUCAGCUCACUUGGGAGAAAUCAAGAGGUAGGCCUAAUUGGAUCCAAGCUAAACUUGAUCGGAUCCUCGUCAAUGAUUCUUGGAAAGACGCAUUCGCAGAAGCUAAAGCCUGCUCCAUCAUCUCCUUUAGAAGCGACCACCUCCCGCUUCUUCUUAAUGUUGUUUCUGUUCACCGCCAUCCCCGUCAUCGUCAGUUCAAAUUCGAGAAUCUUUGGCUCAAGGAAUCCAGGUGCCGUGAAGUGGUCAUUGAGAGCUGGUCAAACUCAUUCGGUCUCAACCUCCUUGACAGAAUUGAAAGAUGUGGCAAGGCGGUUUGGCAUUGGGGAAAAAUGUUCACGAAAGAUUUCCAGAAGCGCAUCAACUAUUGGGAGAGGAGAAUGUCCUACCUUAAGCCUAGAACAGAUCAGAGGGGAUGUGCUCUUUUCAGGGAGGCACAGUACCAACAUUUAAAGGCUCUGGACCAACAAAACUCAUUUUGGAAACAACGUGCCAAACAGCACUGGUAUAAGGAUGGAGAUCUUAACACCACUUACUUUCACAACGCGGUCAGGAGGAGAAGGCAAGUGAACACUAUUCGCAGGCUGAAGAAUAAUGCAGGAUCAUGGGUUGACAAUGGUAAUCAACUAAAUGCCCUUAUCUUGAAUUAUUUCCAAUCUCUGUUUACCUCCUCUGAGUGUGACAUAACCCCUGUUAUCCAAAGUAUUGAGAGUAGUAUCAGCGAGGCUCAAAAUCUGAUCCUUAACCGGAAAUUUGAGGGAGAGGAAAUUAGAAAGGCCCUCUUUGAAAUGAAGCAUGAUAAAUCCCCUGGACCCGAUGGAUUCACCCCUGGUUUCUACCAACAUUACUGGGAUAUUAUCGGGAGGGAUGUGAUAAAUUUCUGUGAGACGGCUAGGCUAACCAAGCAGCUUCCCAUUGGCAGCAACACCACUCACAUUGUCCUAAUUCCAAAAAAUUCCAAGCCCGAAACCAUGUCUAAUCUGAGACCUAUCUCCCUCUGUAAUGUCCUAUAUAAAAUCCUUUCUAAGACCAUUGCCAACAGACUAAAGCCUUUGUUACCUUCUAUCAUCUCAAGCUCCCAAAGUGCCUUUGUCCUAGGGAGGCUAAUCAUUGAUAAUAUCCUCCUUGCAUAUGAAGCACACCACUUCUUGAAUAGGAAAUCCCAAGGAAAGGGGGGAAUGGUCAGUCUUAAGUUAGACAUGAGCAAGGCUUUUGACAGGGUUAAUUGGGACCUUGUGAGAGGCAUUCUAGGUAAACUGGGGUUCCAUGCUGAUUUUGUUAAUCUUAUCUAUGCCUGCAUAAGUUCUGUCAGCUUCUCUAUUCUACAAGAGGGCUCUGUCAUCGGUUCGGUCACUCCUCAAAGAGGCCUAAGGCAGGGGGAUCCCCUCUCCCCUUACCUCUUCAUUUUAGUUAUGGAAGGUCUAAGUGCCCUUAUUCACAAAGAAGUCGAAGCUGGUGGGCUACACGAAAUUGUCAUUGCCAGAGAUGCUCCGGCCCUAACCCAUCUGUUCUUCGCAGAUGAUUGUCUUGUGUUUUGCAGGGCUAAUUCUCUUGAGAUCAACACUCUUAAAGCCACGCUGGAGGAGUUCACUACGGCUUCUGGGCAGACUAUAAACUUCAAUAAAUCAGCGCUCCAAUUCAGCAGAAACGUUGAUCCCCUUACUAAGGAGGUUGUCUGUGAAACUAUUGGCAUCAGUGAAGGUAGCCACAGGGGUAGCUAUCUCGGCCUUCCUUCCCUUAUUGGCAGGCGUAAGACUGAAAUCUUGGGCUUCAUAAAAGCAAAGAUUCUUGGGAGAAUCUGCAGCUGGAACAACAAAUUUCUAUCACGAGCAGGCAUGGAAGUCCUCAUCAAGAACGUGCUUCAAGCAAUCCCAACCUAUGCCAUGAGCAUUUUUCAUCUCCCCAAAACCUUGUGUAAUAGCAUUGAAGUUGCGGUGAAUGAUUUCUGGUGGAGAGGGCAAGGUUCAAGGGGUAAAGGAAUCAAAUGGAAACGUUUGAAGGAUCUAUGUUACCCCAAGUCUGCAGGGGGUAUGGGCUUCAGGAGGAUAGGUGAUUUUAACUUGGCGCUCCUAGGCAAACAGGCCUGGAGGUUUAUUGCUCACCCUGAUUCCUUACUCACAAGAGUUUUCAAGUCUAAAUAUUUCAAGAGCUGUUCCUUUUUCGAUGCUAGUUUGGGGAGCAAUCCAUCAUUUGUCUGGCGUAGUAUUCUUGCAUCCCAGAAAGUGAUCAAUGACAACUGCAGUUGGAGAGUGGGCAACGGCACAUCUAUCAAUAUAUGGAAGGACCCCUGGUUGGUCGAAGCCCCCCAUCCCUUCAUCCAAACAGUUAUGCCCACCCACCUAAGUGAUGGCACAGUCUUAGGCCUCAUGCACCUCGACAAUUCGGGUUGGGACGUAGACAUAUUGAACGACAUUUUCGAUGAAGAGGACAUUGAUAAUAUUCUUAGCAUCCCUCUGCCAAUGUCGAACCAUGAAGAUAGAAUCAUCUGGACAAAAAAGGAGGAAGGUAUAUAUUCUGUGCGCAGCUGUUACAAAUAUCUGGUUGGUUAUCCUUCGUUGCCCCAGCCUUUCAAAUGGACAAAGAUCUGGAACCUCUCUAUUCCCCCGAAGGUCAAGAUGUUUACAUGGCAAGCCUGCAGCAACACUCUCCCAACAGCCUCGAACUUGAUCUCAAGGAAGGUUGAUUGCCCCCAGCUUUGUGCCCUUUGCUCAAAGGCAGUGGAGACUACAUCUCAUGUUCUCAUUUACUGUGAGGUCGCAAUGUCAUGUUGGAACACAUUUGAUGAUAUCUACAUGGGCACCAACUUGGACAUCACAACCUGGCUCGAGAGAAAUAUGGAAAAGCUGUCCACGGAUUAUUUUGGUCUGCUCCUCACUUCAUGCUGGAUGAUUUGGCAAGAAAGAAACAACAAAGUUUGGAACAACGGCCCGUCUUUACCUCCCAGAAUUCUUGAUCAUGCUGCUUCAUUUCUUAGCACCUGGAGGUCCCUUCAAUCGUCUACCCAUGCUCCCACUGCUGCCACCUCCACAACCACUUGGCAGCCCCCACCUACUGGUUAUUUAAAAGUGAAUGUUGAUGCUGCUAAUGAUGCCAACUCCAAAUCCACUGGGUGGCCUGUCUAG